CGCAAAUAAAUGAAAGUGGGAGGGGCAUUUCGAAAAUUUUCGCAAACACAAAAACGAGAACUGUAAGCGUUCCUGACCGUUGUAACUACGGGGUUCCCUGUAAACGCUUCAUACCGGCCAGGCGUGUACGUCUUCGGAAAGUAAGUGCCAUGUUGAAGGGAAUGGGUUGGCUUUGACCUGCUUCCUGCUUUUGAGAACUGUUGCUGAGGAGAUCGAGUGAAGGAUUGGUUGCCUGAUUCUGUCACAAACAUGUUCUGGAUUUUGAAGGCAGAAGCUGCGGCUGGAGACCCUGGCCAAGAGUUAUUAAGCGGUUCAUUGGGCAAAUUAGGGCCCUAUAUCCUCAAGGCCCCAGGAACAUACAAGGUUGGCCGGAAAGAUAGUGAUAUAAGCAUCAAUGACAGAGCGGUUUCGCGACAUCAUGCAGAUAUUGUUGUGGGGCCUCUGGGUCCUCUGCCUGACCCUGCCGUCUCAGGAACGGCCGUGGAUAGAACGAAAGCAAUGGCGGAUUGGAUAUCUAUAUGGCGGCCAUCCAUUAAGGUGAAGGAUGUUUCGAAGUUUGGGACCCUAGUUUGUGACCGAUCGGGCACAAAGAAGCAAUCUGAGACUCCUGAUAGAUCUGCUGAGCUGAAUGAAGGUGAUUUGGUCGUAUUUCUCCAUUGCAAAGUGCAUUUCAGACUGGAGUGCAAGCCCAUAAUUGCCUGUGUGUCAUCUGUGGUCGAAAGUGAAAGACGACGGCAAUUGACCCACAAUCUUAAGUCAGCAGGAGCCGGAGUUGUCGCCCAGUGGUCAGAGUUUGCUACCCACUUGGUUGUGGACGAUGGUGCUCACUGCAAUGAUGAAAUUGUUGCGGCUGUGUCUGCUGGCAGGCAUUUGGUCCAUAGUCGCUGGGCAGAGGCUCUUGCCUUGAGACAGACUGUGCGGGACGUGCUACCUCCAGAAGAAGAGUAAGAUACUUCAAUGCUGUAUGGAUGUUCCAUGCUGUACAAUUUCACUAAGGAUUGAUGCCAGGAGGGCUUACUGCCAGCAACUCCAAUAUAUGAUAUAUGAAACAAAACAAGGACAAAACA